AUGAGUCACUGGGACAACAAUUCAUGGAACCCACGCUGGGAAGCCGUGGACACGUAUGCAAUGUCGCAGGGACAUCCAGACACCCGGCCAAAUACCCAGAUGCUGCAAGAUACAAUCUCGGCCUCCGAUAGAGCGGGCUUACCAAGCUAUGCGCUCUCAGCUGCGCAGGCCAAGUUCCUCUCGCUACACUGUCGGACCGCGAAUGUGACGCAUGCACUUGAGAUUGGCACGUUGGGCGGCUACUCUGCCAUCUGGAUGGCUAGUCAAAAUCCACAGCUGUACCUGACAACUGUCGAGUACGACAGACACCACUAUAAUACGGCCAAGAUAAACGUCGAGCGUUCGGGGCUGGCGGAUCGUGUCGAGGUCAUCCAUGGUGCUGCGCUUGAUAUUCUCAGCAAUUUACGUGGGGAGGUUCAAUCCGGGAGACGGCCUCGGUUUGGAUUUACCUUUAUCGAUGCAGAUAAGGUAAAUAAUUGGAAGUAUUUCCAGAUGGCGAAAGAUAUGUCGAAGCCGAACUCGGUCAUUUGUGUUGAUAAUGUUGUGCGUGAUGGGCAUCUGGUCAGCUUUGGCGACGAUGAUUCGUAUCUGAGAGGCUGUCGAGAGGUUGUGGAGAAGGCAGGCAAGGAGCCUGGUGUGGACUCUGUUCUGUUACAGACUGUGGGUGAGAAAGGGUAUGAUGGUUGGCUAUGGGCUGUGAUCAUUUGA